CACUUGGAGUAAGCGGAAGCGUCAAACGGAGAAACCGAGAAACGGCAACGGUGCGCGAAGCCGCCAAUUUUAGGUGAUAGUCGAUAGUCGGUGGAAAAUCGUUGGCUUCAAGAAAAUUGCAACACCAGCGGGUGCAUAGAAGGAGUUUAUAAAAUAAUAGAGCGGCUCUUAAAGGAGAACACAGAGCACGUCGACAAGGUGGCUGAAUAAGGUGUUGAGUGCGAGGCGAACCGAAGACGGGACAAGGGACAACUCAAGUGAUUGAUCAUAAGUGUGUUCGAGACGUCAACAUGGCCGCCGUUGAAGUGCGCAACGGUUAUAAGUAUUAUGGCUCCAAGUCGAAUCCCAAGAUUGUGCUCAACCACCUCAACAUGAAUGUGAUGCGUGGCUCUAUCUAUGGCCUGUUAGGGGCCUCGGGUUGCGGAAAGACCACCCUGCUCUCCUGCAUUGUGGGUCAGCGUUGUUUAAAUGGCGGCGAGGUCUCUGUGCUCGGGUUCAAGCCCGGACAGCCCGGCAGCGGCGUUCCAGGCUCACGUGUCGGCUUCAUGCCGCAAGAGAUUGCUUUGGUCGAAGAGAUGACGGUGAAGGAGACAAUUUUCUACUUUGGACGCAUUUACGGUCUGACAGAUGAGCGCAUCCGAGAAAAGUUCAAACAGCUCAAAGACCUUUUGCAACUGCCCCCGGCACGUCAAAUGAUAAAGGAGUGUAGCGGAGGACAGCAACGACGCCUCUCUUUUGCAGCCGCCAUGAUACACGAUCCAGAACUGUUGAUCUUGGAUGAGCCAACAGUGGGUCUGGAUCCCAUGUUGCGUGAGAAAAUCUGGGAGUUUCUGGUCGAGACCACUAGAAAUAGCAAACUGGCUGUGAUCAUUACCACACAUUAUAUCGAGGAAGCCAAGCAGGCCAAUUGCAUUGGACUAAUGCGGAAUGGCGUGCUGUUAGCGGAAGAUACCCCCACCAAUAUUAUGAUCAAAUUCGGAACUCAAUCCAUUGAGGAUGCUUUCCUCAUACUUAGCCAACGGCAGGGCAAUGAGGAUGAUCUGCAGGAGAUGUUGAAUAACAGCAACCAGCAAGCGCUGCCAACCUCCGCGUUGCCAGCUGAAGUGAUAGACACACAUGAGCCACAGGCGGCGCCUGAGAAGCCGCCUCUCCCCUAUGAGGAGCCGCUCAAUGAGAAUCGCAAACGCAUUUUCUUUACAACUAAGGGACGCAUCAAGGCGCUCAUGACCAAGAAUUUUGUGCAAUUGUUUAGACAGCCAUCUGGAAUUAUUUUCAUGCUGCUGUUCCCCAUAAUACAACUUUCUUGCUUCUAUUUGGCCAUUGGAAAAACACCUACAAACUUGGAGCUGGGCGUCUAUAGCGGAGAAGUGAGCAGCUAUAGCGAAUGCUUUGACGACAAACUGAUAACCGUUUAUCAAGCCAAUGAUAGCUGUCACUUCAACAAACUCUCUUGUCGAUAUAUACGCGAACUAGGAGAUGAAGUGGCCACCAGAAAGUAUUACAGCAGUGAAGAAGAUGCUCUGAAGGAUGCGAAGCGGGCCGUGACCGUUGGAUACAUCCAUUUCGCGCAUAACUUUAGUUCCUCCAUUUUCACGGUCAUGGAGGAUGGCAUUCAUGCCAGUGAUGGAGCGGUGGAUCAUGCCGAGCUCAGUGUGCACAUCGAUAUGACGGAUCAACAAGUGGCGUACUUCAUGCAGCGAAAGUUGCGCGAUAAGUUCAGCAGCUUUAUGCAUAGUGUGGUCAAGGACUGCAAUGUAUCCUCGGCUGUUGUGGAACUGCCCGUUCAAUUUCAGGAGCCCAUCUAUGGCAGUCCGGACAUUGAGUUCCAGCAGUACUGUGCACCGGGCGUGGUGAUGACAAUGGUCUUCUUUUUGGCCACACUCAUGACGGCUGCUGUUUUUAUUUCGGAACGCAUGGAUGGCAUCUGGGAUCGUACAUUGUUGGCCGGCGUGUCGGCAACGGAAAUGCUUUGGGCUCAUCUAUUGACGCAGUUGAUUAUCAUGGCCCUGCAAUCCUUUGAGGUUAUCAUGUACAUUGGCAUCGUUUUCGAUACGUAUAAUAAGGGUGAUACGACCACUUUGAUCGGACUGCUAACGCUCACCGCUUUCUGUGGCAUGUUGUUUGGACUUUUCAUAUCCGUUUUCUGUAAAUCACACACCGAGGCGAAUUUUGUGGCAACUGGAGCUUUCUAUCCCAUGAUUAUACUUUGCGGUCUACUCUGGCCCUUGGAGAGCAUGCCACGUUUCCUGCAGGACUUGGUUAUGGUGCUACCUUUUACCAUACCAUCUAUAUCAGCGCGAAAUGUCAUAGAAAAGGGUUGGGGUAUAACCAACGAUAAGGUCUACAAUGGUUUCCUAGUGAUGGCCGCGUGGACAAUCAUUUUCUUUGUGCUGUGUCUAAUUGGUAUCAGACGUAAGGCGUAGUUGGGGACCCUUCUAGUUUAGUAGCAUUUUCAUUUAGGCGAUUUUAUAUAUAUAUUGUUAUAGUAUCCAUAUAAUUUAAUAUGAAGCAUAUCACUCGCAUGUUCCAGACUCUCAUAUGCAUACAAACAUACACCCACACACACCCACACACACACACAAAACGCAUAGGUAUACAGUUGGCAUUGGGUUAUUAGCAAGUAUGUAGGGUUGGUUGUACUAAAAUGUUAGUGCACAUUUCGAGCGGAUUUGCCUUCAAUUGAAGAUUUAUUAUUUUAAAAAUUCAAUUAUGUACUGAAAGCGUAACCCAGUGCUAGACUGUACUAAAUCACUAUAGGGUCUAAAGGGUAUCUCAAAUAUAUUUAUAAAGGCAUCAUAAGAAAUUCUCCCUCAUGAAAGUGUCAAAAAUAAACUCCGCAUGCAUGUUAAGUCUUCAAUCAGUCGUAUAUAAAAACAAAAACAAAUGUAAUAAAUUUAGAACUCCACAAUUUCUUUAUUUAACACAUGUAAAUAGCCCAAAAAAUAAAUCCCAAUAAUUACGUGAUGAGCAUUGUUAUUACAAAUGUUGUAAAAAGUUAAAAAA